CGGAAAUUGGAGUUUCCGAGGAGCCCUGAAGGCAGCAGCGGGCCCCACUGUGUGAAUAAGGGCUCCAGCUGCAGCUCCGUCAGAGUCAUGCUUCUUCUUAUGUUUUAGUUGCAGUCAUGGCCAAGCAGUACGACAUUCUGUGCCGGCUGCUCAUGCUCGGAGACUCGGGGGUGGGGAAGACGUGCAUGCUGCGCAGGUUCACCGACAGCGAGUUUGAUCCUUCGCACAUUUCCACCAUCGGAGUUGAUUUUAAGAUGAAGACGCUGGACAUCGAUGGAGUCAGGGUGCGCGUCCAGAUCUGGGACACGGCUGGUCAGGAGCGGUACCAGACCAUCACCAAGCAGUACUACAGACGGGCCCAGGGCAUCGUCUUCGUCUACGACAUCACGAGCGAGUCGUCCUUUCAGCACAUCGCGAAGUGGGCGAGCGACGUGGACGAGUUCGCCCCCGACCGAGUGCAGCGGAUCCUGGUGGGGAACAAGUCCGACGAGGAGCUCGGGCGGCAGGUGACGAAGGAGCAGGGGAGCAAGCUUGCAGAGAGCUUCGGCAUGGAGUUCUUUGAAAGCAGCGCCUCCACCAGCAGUAACAUCAGCGAGUCCUUCACGCGUGCGACGGAGCUGGUGCUGCAGGCCCACAAGCGGGACGUGGACCACCUGCUGGGGUCCCUGGACGACUACCUGGAGCAGGCGGCGCUGGAGGAGGAGCGGGCCGGCGGCUACGGCGGCGCCGCUCCACGGGCCUGCGCCUGUUAGCACGCGGGCGGUCCAGGAAGGAGCUGGACGGACGCGGAGCAGCAGCACACGAGCGCCGGAGACGACACCAUCACCUCCAUCACUGUGUCAAACGCCGCUCACCUCCACUUACCCGUCACCACGUCUUAUUUCCAGUGUCCUGAUGUAACAGAUCACAGGUUUAGUAGAAACACGCCUGUAGCAGACAAGCGUGUUUAAAGACGAGUCUGUCAGAGGACGGGUUCCAGUGAUUUCCACCUGGAAACUGGAACCAGGCCGUGACCCGGUGGACUUUCCUCAGGAGACAGAGCUGUGCCAUUUUCAGCCACUUUUCCCAGUGUAGUCGUUUGUUUGUUUGUUUGUUUGUUGUUUGUUUGUUUGUUUGUUUACCACCUGGAUGUUUUAUAAACCUACAGCAGCUUGUGUCACUGCGUUCAGUCAGUUUGCUGAGGUGCCACGGGAUUGAAUUUUAAUGUAAAUGAAGAGUACUGUAAUAGUAAAUAAAAGUGAUAUUGGACAGAA